UCGAUGAAAGUUUUGGCACUGAUAUUAUUGAGUUUUUUUUACUAACAAGUGAAGUGACAAUUUUCAAUUGAUAAUUAUAAUAUUAUCCUGAUUUCAUAAUGACAAUAGUUAUUCUAUUUACAAUUGUAUUUUUGGGCUCGCUUACAUUUUCAGUACAAGCUCAACUUUACCAAUCAAACUAUGGACAGUAUCAAGAACAGGGAAUUCCGUUUAGGGAAAAUAAUGUUUUAGGUAAUCGGCCUAUAUUGCGUGAGUACGAUUUUAUUAUCAUUGGAGCAGGUGCAGGAGGCUGUGUGGUUGCAAACCGUUUAUCGGAACAACCAAAUUGGUCAGUUCUGUUAUUGGAAGCAGGACAAGAUGAGACUUUAUACACAGAUAUACCUGGAGCAGCAGAAUUACUGCAAGAAACGAAUUAUAAUUGGGGCUAUACUUCUGAACCCGUUAAAAACGGUUGUUUAGGUUAUAAGAAUAAGCGAUGUCCUUGGCCAAAAGGAAAAGGCAUGGGUGGAUCGUCUGUAAUAAAUGCUUUGCUCUACACAAGAGGAUUAAAGGAAGAUUAUGAUACGAUUGCGGCACUAGGAAAUUCUGGUUGGGCUUACAAAGACAUAUUGCCAUAUUUUUUAAAAUCUGAAAACAAUUCUAUACCAGAAUAUCAAGACUCACUUUUCCAUUCACAAAAAGGAAAUUUACAUGUUGAACGAGUUCGAUAUCGUUCACCACUUGUUGACAUGUUUAUUGAAGCCGGAGUUGAAUUAGGGUUACAAAAAAAUAUUGAUUAUACAGUCAAUCAAGAAUAUCUGGGAAUAUCACGAUCCCAAAUUACAACAAUAAAUGGACGCCGAGUAAGUGCAUCUAAAGCUUUUAUACAUCCGGCCAAAGAUCGUCAAAACCUUCAUGUGGCAAUAUUCAGCCAAGUAACAAAAAUACUCAUUGACCCUAAAACUAAAAAAACAUUAGGGGUGGAGUUUAUUAAAAAGGGAAAAAUUAGAACAGUAUAUUCUAAAAAAGAAGUAAUUUUAUCUGCUGGGCCAAUAAAUUCACCACAAUUACUAAUGUUAUCAGGUGUUGGACCAAAAGAUCACUUAAAACAUCAUGGUAUACCAGUUAUUCAAGAUUUACCUGUAGGACAGAAUUUACUUGAGCACUACGGCUUAAUCGGUUUGGAAUUCAUAGUAAAUCAAACAGGUCCGGUUCUGACUCGAAAAAGUGUAUCUGAUCCUCAUUUAUUUGAUGAAUGGUACAAAUAUGGCCGAGGACCACUCACUGUUCCAGAAGGAAGGGAAGGUGUAGCGUAUAUAAAAUCACCAGCAGGCAAACAGCAUGAGCUAGUAUUAACACCAAUAACUAAUAAACCGAACGUUUUCUACAUUAAUACAUUCUUGUUACAACCUGACAAUAGGGGAAGCGUAACCCUAAAAAGCAAUAACUCACUGCAGCCACCUAUUAUGUCCUUUAAUUAUUACGACAACAGUACCGACCUAGAAGAAAAUAUAUUCGCAGUUAAAUAUUCACUGAAAUUUGUAGAGAACACACAGGCAUUCCAAGGUUUUGCGGCUAAACUAAACCCAGUACCAUACCCGAAAUGUUCACAUUUACCAUUUAAAUCUGACAAUUAUUGGGCUUGCGUAUUAGUACACAUGACCGGUACAUCAAAUCACCACUGCGGUACGUGCAGGAUGGGAGAUGUCGUCAACGAAAAAUUACAAGUACUUGGAAUUUACGGAUUAAGAGUAGUGGACUCCUCUAUAUUCCCACACAUUCCAAGUACACAUAUGUAUGCUCCAACAAUAAUGGUUGGUGAAAAGGGAGCAGAUAUGAUUCGAAGUUAUUGGUCAAAAUAAUAGUAUGCUAGUUUGAAUUAUUUAUUAUACAUUUAAUUUAUAUUAAUUAUAUUUAGGUAUUUAUAUUUUUUUACAAUAGUUUUGAUAUAAAUUUAAUAAAUAUUAAAAUACAUGAACAUGGACAAACUAUUUUCACCUCCUUUUUUAUACAUAUUUAACGCAGUGUACUUUUCUAUUGCCUAUUUGUGAUGAGACACAUUUUUAAUAUUUUAAAAUUAUGUACAUGCUACCAGCAAAGUAUGAAAGCCGGACACCAUACACGAUGCCCGAACAUUUUGCGCAAUGUAAGAAUCAUCAUUUUAAUACUCCAAUAUAUACAUUGACCGGGCAUUAUACGAGAAUGCCGGCAAAGUGAAUAACUGCCCAGAUUCAAGUGGAAAAAUCAAAUAAAUAGCGCACUGUGCACACUUAAACGAAAUAUCUAAUUGCUUUCUUUAGCAACAAAAACCUAUACUGACAUGAAAUUUCGAUGUAUUUUAGGAGCCAAUUUC